AUUCACACCAGAGCCACAGGUUGCCACGACGAAGGCGAUCGACAUGCGCUCUCCCACUGUCCGAAAGAUUACCGGACCCCGCCCAAUGGGUUCUCGGAGCCCAGCACCAGCGCAACCUGUCCAACACUACGAGGUCGGUGGCACGGUACGUCGCAAGCCUGUUGCCAGGAGCGAAGGUGAGUACAUCAUUUCUCCGGAGAUCCUUUCCGCAUGCCGUUAGCUGACUGUGACAUUCUCUCUCUGUAGCUGGAUCGCUGGACAGCCUAGACAGCGAAACUUUUUGAUUUCAUGCUCACGGAUCGAUUCUGAAAACGACUUUAUGAUAGUGAUGGCGAU